AUGUUUCAUUAUUAUGACAGAAAAUAUCUUUCGAUCGGUGACAGGCCGAGUAAUUCAUAUGAGAAGCUUGACUGGGAAAAUAUGAAAUUUUCCAACUCUUUCUCCCAUAUUUUAAUUCUAUUUAUAUUUUUCUUCCACUCCUUAUUUCUUCAGUUCCACUCUUUUCCUCCUGUCUUCACGCAAUUUCUCUUUCUCGCCCUUUCGUACUUAUAUUCAUCUCUUCAUCAAAUACAGAUCUUUUUCUCUCUAUCAUCCCUUUCGUAUUAUUUUUCUGAGAUGCUUUCUUUUAUUUAUCCCUUCCUUCAUUUUCCUCUGAGUUUGUCCUUCUUUGUUCCACUUUAUCUGUUUAUUCCUUUUCUAUCCUUUCUGUUGUCUUUAGCUUCAAAUGAAUUAAAUCUCUGUACUCACCCCUUCCAUCAUCAUUGUGUUCUCUUUCCUCCCGUCUCAUGCUAUUAA